AAUUGUUGUCAUGUUUAAAUUGCCAAUUUUAAUAUCAAUUUUGCUUGCUUUGGAAAACGAAUAUCAUUUACUUGUAAAACGACGUCGCGAUGAAUAUUGAAAGUGCCAGCCAAACGGGUACUGUACUGAUACGGGUCCGGUAGAAAUUAGAAUCUGUGUCAAAUGUCAAUCAGUUAUCGAGAGGCCUCUUCCUUUCUCCAUCGACAAUUCUACAACUUCGUCUCCGCCGCUCUAAUCUCAGUCGCCGACCGCAGGUUCGCGAUUCGCCGCAGGUGAAAGGGCGACCGACGUCGAGGAUGCAACAGAAACUUUGGGUUCGUACUCAUUCUAAUCGCCAUUUCUUGUCGCUCAUCGAUUGGGUAAAUUACGGCUUAUGAAUUGGUUUGGUAGGAAAGAAAUAGGGGCAUUAGGUUUCCAGGGCAUAGGCAAGUUCCCGUAGCUUCAUCGGAAGGUCUGAUUAGGUUUUGUGAUGAGUAAAAUGACAGUGAUUUGUACUCUCAUGAGCGUGGAAAAUCAGUGGAUCCGAAUCUAGUACUUUCGUUUUAGGGUUUGAGUUCGACUUUGUGAGCUGAAUCUAGAAUACUGUUUAAUCGAUGGUUUUGCUUUUGUAGGUACUAUAGUUUUGUGGAGUUUGGAGAAGGGAGGUUGUUAAGCAUGGCAGACUUGGAGGAUCUGCUGCUGGAAGCAGCUGGAAGAACUGGCAAUGGAGGAGGAAGAAACCGCAACUCUCGUCAACCCUCCAGGAGAAGAGGCGGUGGUGGGGAGGGCUCGUAUUCGGAUGAUGGAAGCCACUCGAGGGAUGAAGAUUCCAAUGAUGAUGACCAUGGAUAUCCGAGCAGCAGGAAAAAACCAUCCGGAUCUCAAGUCCCUCUCAAGAAACGAAUGGACGCAGCUGAAAAGGAUGAUGAUGACGGCGAGCUGAACAGCCAGGAAGAAGAACCCGGUUAUGAUGACAACCGGAGGAACUCUGAUCACGAUAGCGAUGAUUCAGAUGUUGGCUCGGAUCUCUACAGAGAUGAGGAAGACCGAAGGAAACUUGAGCAGAUGUCAGAACUCGAUAGGGAAAUGAUCUUGACAGAACGUGCAGAUAAGAAGGGGGACAAGAAUCUAACUGAGAGUAUCCGGUCCAAACGUGAGAAGAACAAUACGAAAGAAACUCUUCCACCAAAGGCUCAAGCAUCAUCUCGUGGGGUACGUUCCUCAGCUCGAUCGGCAGACAGAUCAGCUGCGCAAAAUGAUGCCUUGAAUGAGCUCAAAGCCAAACGACUUCGGCAGCAGGAUCCUGAGGCUCACAGGAAGAGACUUCGUGAAGCUUCUUCUUCUGGUGGUCCUGCGCCAGCUAAGCGAAAGCCUUUCAUCUCGGCAACGAGUCUGAGCAGCUCGAGUCAGAGCGACAGCGAGAGUGGGUCGCGCAGUGACAAUGAAGAGUCAACCGGGAUGGGGGAUAGUGAUGAUGAGAGGGAUGGUUCGCCAUCAUAUGAAGACAUAAGAGAGAUCACGAUUCGAAGAUCGAAGCUUGCUAAGUGGUUGAUGGAGCCGUGGUUUGAUGAGCUGAUCGUGGGUUGCUUCGUACGAGUCGGGAUAGGGAAGUCGAGAUCCGGACCCAUAUACAGACUUUGCUUAGUGCGAAACAUCGAUGCUGCUGAUCCUGACCGUCCAUACAAGCUUGAGAACAAGACCACAUAUAAGUACCUCAAUGUCGUAUGGGGCAAUGAAAGCUCAGCUGCACGUUGGCAGAUGGCUAUGGUUUCAGACUCAUUACCAACUGAGGAAGAAUACAAGCUGUGGAAGAAAGAAGUUGAAAAGACUAACGGUCGAAUGCCGAGCAAGCAAGAUAUCUUGGAGAAGAAGGAAGCGAUCAAGAAGUCAACUACAUUCGUAUACUCUGCCGCCACGGUGAAGCAAAUGCUGCAGGAGAAGAAGUCUGCAUCGACAAGACCUUUGAAUGUGGCUGCAGAGAAAGAUCGGUUGAGGAGAGAGAUGGAGGUGGCAGAAGGAAGGAAUGAUUUGGCUGAGGUGGAGAGGAUCAAGGCAAGGAUUCGUGAGCUGGAAGCCUCACGGCUAGCUCAGGAAGUGGACAAGAAGGCCGUGAAGCUUGCCGAGAUGAACAGAAAGAACAGAGUGGAGAAUUUCAGAAAUGCUUCCGAGCUCAAACCAGCUAAGACCGGGUUGAAAGCAGGAGAAGCCGGGUACGACCCAUUUUCGAGGAGAUGGACUCGGUCGAGAAACUACUACACCGGUCAAAACGCUGCUGCUGCUGCUGCUGCCAACGACACUGCUAUCACAGAAGGUGAGGGAAGUGGAGUAGCAGCGUCAGCUGUGGAGGGCGAGACUGCAACAGCAGCAGCAUUAGAGGCAGCUGCGGGAGCUGGCAAGUUGGUCGAUACGCGAGCACCGGUGGAUCAAGGUACGGUGUCGUAUGCGUUGCACGAUUUCGAGCUGCCGAUAUCGUUGGAUGCACUGCAUAGGUUUGGGGGUGCCAAGGGAGUCGAGAAUGGGUACAUGGCGAGGAAGCAACGGAUUGAAGCCACGAUUGGAUGCCAGGUCCCGGAGAACGAUGGCCGACGGCAUGCUCUGACGCUGACUGUUAGUGACUACAAGAGGAGAAGAGGGCUUCUGUGAGUGUUUUUUUUGGCGACUUUGUGAUGGAUAUGCAGACUUACGAAGAUUUAGAAGCUCUGUUAUGGAUAGUUUGUCUGUCUCAGAUUAAGAAGAGAAUCGUUUCCCCAUGGAAUUGUAAUGUGACGUGUUCUUCAUCCUCUCAUCGCAUAACACAAACAGAAACAAACAAGACCUAACUUUUCAAAUGUUAUGCUUUGAAGAUGGAAAAAGAUGACACCUUCAUGUGUUGAAUUCUGAAAUGCCAUCCCGACACCAAUGUUGAGUCCAAUUAAUGGCUGUUUGUGUUAAUAUAUUAUAUACAAACAAUUCUAAGGAAGAACCAGAUUUGUAACUAUGGUGUUGUAGCCAUCCUCUUUUCAUAGAGUUUUCAAGCUCUAAAACCUGAAAUACCCAUUGGGAUGUUUAUCUGCCUCGAGUUUUAUGACAUCCUACUUAUCGUGUCUAUAUUAUUGCAAAACAUUUGAUGUAAUGAUGCUGGUUGUAAAAUUUUAAACCACCAACCUCUAAUUGAAUUUUUAUAAAAACAAUUAUUUUUCAUGUGACGAUUGUAAAACUUCAAACCACCAAACCUCAAUACAAUCUUCUACAAGUAUAUGUCCUCGUUUACUCGGACGAAAAGAUACAAAAUCAUAUUGAAAUGAGAAUGAUGAAUCAAAUUUUAGUGAUAAACCCAAAAUAGAUGAAUCAAUAUGUACUAAAUUAGUAAGUUUGACUCUUAUAAUCUUAAAUACACGCAUUCACCAAGCAAAAACAAAUUGUAAACGAUAUA